AUUAAAGGAGUUUAUUUAGUGUCAUUUAAGAUGAUUGUGAUCCAGAACGUGGGGCCUACAUCCUCAGUACGACACAGGAAACAGUGGAGGAAGCAGCUCCAGUGGGCUGCCCUCUUUGUCCUGAUGGUCUUCAUUUAUGGCUCACAUGCACCACUCAUCACACUCACCAAGAUAAACGGUGAAGUCCCAUUCAACCCCUCUUCAUGUGUGGUGAUGAUCGAGUUAGCCAAACUCGUUAUAUCCUUGGCGACUCUAAUCCUGACUGGGGGUAUAGCUGCCUUACAUGCUUUUCCACCACUAGUCCUUGUGGCUCCCUACGCAGUUCCUGCCAUUCUCUAUGCACUUAAUAACAACUUAGUUGUAGUCAUGCAGACCUACAUGGAUCCAAGCUCAUACCAAGUCCUCAGCAACCUGAAAAUUGCCUCCACUGCGCUGCUGUACUCCUUCUGCCUGGGCAAGAGGCUCCGGCUGGGUCAGUGGUUUGCUCUUGGGCUCCUCAUGGUGGCAGGAGUCUGUCACAGCUAUAGUAGCCUGGAUGUUGGAGACCUUGAGAGGAAGGCCGAGGCUGAUGAACGUCCCAGGCUUCAUAUCACAGCUUGGGGGCUUUUCCUUGUGCUGGUGUACUGCUGUGUUUCAGGCCUGGCUGCAGUUUAUACAGAGAUGGUGCUGAAGAGCCAGAGGCUGCCCCUCAGCCUGCAGAACCUCUACCUCUAUGUGUUUGGCGUGGUCAUUAACGGGCUGUCCUCAUUCUCUGCUGCGACCAGUGAAAAGAGCUUCCUGGAGGGGUACUCGGGAGUGGUUUGGGCCAUUAUAGCGGGACAGGCAGCUAACGGACUCCUGAUGUCUGUGGUGCUUAAGCAUGGGAGUGGAAUCACCAGACUGUUUGUCAUUUCCUGCUCCAUGCUGGUUAAUGCCCUGUUGUCAUGGGCCAUGUUGGGGCUGCAGCUCACUCCUUUUUUCCUCCUUCCUGUUUCUAUGAUUGGGCUGGCAGCUUACCUUUACUACAGAUAGAACCACAUGCUCUAUUUUAACCCAAAACCAUCAUGAUUGCUCUUUAUCAAAAAUGCUUAGUUUUUCAGAUGCAGUUUUACAUGCAACUUCUUUGCCUUUUAACUUGCAGCCUUUCUUCUGUUUGGAAACUUGACUGAUUUUUCACCCAGGCACAUUUGUUUUAUAACCACAGGACAAAUAAAUUAGUCAGAUGAUGGAAAAAUGUAAGAAUUUUCAUCAUAUUUAAGGUUUAAUUUAACUGAUGUUUAUGUUGUAAGUAAAUUCACAUUAUAGUGUGAGUCUUGACAUUUCAGAAGAGAGCUGCUGUAUUCAUCUUGUUGAUUUGGUUUUUGUAUCCCAUCCUCUGCCAAAAACAGUCUCAAAGAUAAAAUACAAAUGGUGUGUUAAUAUGAUAAUAAACUGUGAAACCCUG